GCCAACAUGGAGCCUUCAAUGGGAUCAGGGUGAAUCCGCUGUUGCCGGCUGGUCCGGUUCUCCCCACAUCAUGCUGGUGCACUUGUUUCGAGUCGGGAUUCGGGGUGGCCCCGUCCCAGGCAAGCCGUUGCUACCCCUCCGCUUCCAGACAUUCUCGGCUGUCAGGUCCUCCGAUGGCCGCCCCAGCACCUGCCUCCUCGGGGCCGUGGCCCGGCUGCGCUCACAGCUCCGGGCCCGCCUCCCUCAAGCACCCCCGGCUCCCAUCCGGAGCCCCUCUGCCUGGCACUGGGUCGGGGGAAUCCUCCUGGGCCCCCUGGUUCUGAGUAAGUGCCCCCGCCUCGGCCUUGUGGCACUGUGUGAGCCAGAAGAGGCCCCCCCGGCCCGCUCCAGACCCCGUGUCCUGGAGCCCCGCUUUAACUGGACGCUCUUCUGGCAGUUUCUGCGCCCCCACCUGCUGGUCCUGGGGGCAGCUGUCGUGCUGGCCCUGGGCGCAGCCUUGGUGAACGUGCAGAUCCCCCUGCUCCUGGGGCAGCUGGUGGAGAUCGUGGCUAAGUACACGAGGGACCACGCGGGCAGCUUCCUGACCGAGUCCCGGAGCCUCAGCACCCACCUGCUCCUCCUCUACGGCCUCCAGGGCCUGCUGACCUUCGGGUAUCUGGUGCUGCUGUCGCGCAUCGGCGAGCGCAUGGCCGUGGACCUGCGGAGGGCGCUUUUCUGCAACCUGCUCCGCCAAGACAUCGAGUUCUUCGAUGCUAAGAAGACAGGGCAGCUGGUGAGCCGACUGACGACGGACGUGCAGGAGUUUAAAUCCUCCUUCAAACUCGUCAUCUCCCAGGGGUUGCGGAGCUGCACACAGGUGGCCGGCUGCCUGGUGUCCCUGUCCAUGCUCUCCACACGCCUCACGCUGCUGCUGAUGGUGGCCACGCCUGCCCUGAUGGGAGUUGGCACCCUGAUGGGCUCAGCUCUCAGAAAACUGUCUCGCCAGUGUCAGGAGCAGGUCGCCAGGGCAACGGGUGUGGCAGAUGAGGCCCUGGGCAACGUGCGGACCGUGCGAGCCUUCGCCAUGGAGCAGCGGGAGGAGGAACGCUACGGAGCGGAGCUGGAGGGGUCCCGCUGUAAGGCAGAGGAGCUGGGCAGAGGGAUCGCCUUGUUCCAGGGGCUCUCCAACAUCGCCUUCAACUGCAUGGUCUUGGGCACCCUGUUCGUUGGGGGCUCCCUCGUGGCCGGGCAGCAGCUGACAGGGGGAGACCUCAUGUCCUUCCUGGUGGCCUCCCAGACUGUGCAGAGGUCCAUGGCCAACCUCUCCAUCCUGUUCGGUCAGGUGGUGCGGGGGCUCAGUGCAGGCGCCCGCGUCUUUGAGUACAUGACCCUGAGCCCCGGCAUCCCACUCAGCGGGGGCUGCAGCCUGCCCCGGGAGCGCCUGCGCGGCUCCAUCGCCUUUCACAACGUCUCCUUCAGCUACCCCUGCCGCCCCGGCUUCCCUGUGCUCAGAGACUUCAGCCUCACGCUGCCCCCAGGCAAGAUCGUGGCCCUGGUGGGCCAGUCCGGGGGAGGAAAGACCACCGUGGCCUCUCUGCUCGAGCGCUUCUACGACCCCACAGCGGGCAUGGUGACACUGGAUGGGCAGGACCUGCGCACCCUCGACCCUUCCUGGCUCCGGGGCCAGGUCAUUGGCUUCAUCAGCCAGGAGCCCAUCCUGUUUGGAACCACAAUCAUGGAGAACAUUCGUUUCGGGAAGGUAGACGCCUCCGACGAAGAGGUUUACGCAGCCGCCCGGGAAGCCAACGCACAUGAGUUCAUCACCAGCUUCCCAGAGGGCUACAACACCAUCGUGGGUGAGCGGGGUGCAACCCUGUCUGGCGGCCAGAAGCAGCGCCUGGCCAUCGCCCGAGCGCUCAUCAAGCAGCCCGCCGUGCUGAUCCUGGACGAGGCGACCAGCGCGCUGGACUCGGAGUCCGAGAGAGUCGUGCAGGAGGCCCUGGACCGCGCCAGCGCCGGGCGCACCGUGCUGGUCAUCGCCCACCGGCUCAGCACUGUGCGCGCAGCCCACCAGAUCAUCGUCAUGGCCCAUGGCCGGGUCUGCGAGAUGGGGACCCAUGAGGAGCUCCUGAAGAAGGGCGGGCUCUACUCGGAGCUCAUCCGGAGACAGGCCCUGGACACCCCGCCUCCGGAGGCACCUCAAGUCCUCGGGCACCGGCACUCCAAGUCCUGAGAGGUCUGGUCACUGCCAGGCGUCCAUGGCCGAGGCCAAAGCUCAGCUCAGGGGGACCUCCUGCAGACCCCGCCCCCAGGAGGAGAGCCAGCAUGCUGGGUGGGGCGGCUCCCCCUGCUCGGAAUAAAACCCCCGGGCCAGGCACUGGUCUGGGAGGAGGCUGGGCCCAGCUGUCCUCCUGCUGCCAGGCUGCCCGCCUCCUGCUGGAGCCGAGAGUCCUUGGGCUGGCCACCCAGGGGAGGGGGCGGGCUCCCAGGCCCCGCGCAGGUCCCCUCCCUUUGCCCAGCCCUCCUGACCCCUCUGCCCACCCUGCUGCGCCUCACCUCUAGGUACCUGACAGCUUAACGGUGUACAGGCCGCAGCUGCAAGGACUCUUCACAAGUCAGCGCUGGGGGAGGGCAGUGGGGACUCACCCCAGCAUUCCUCCCACACCCAAGCCAGUUCCUCCACGGACUCUUAACGUGCCUCUCAGACCCUGGGAGAAGCGGACCAGCCUCUGAACCAACCCUUCAAACCUACAGUCCCGUCCUGCGCACAGCUUCCCUUCUCCUGCCCCGUAACACAGUCCUUUAGACGUCGCCCCCCACCCCCCACUACCGUCUGAAUGGGACAGGUGCCUGGCGGGCCCCCUGGCCCAGGGGCGGGGGGUCAGGGGUGGCUGUAGUCUGUCACCUGGUGAGAACGUGGACCCCCGCCCUCUAGGUGGGGACACCUAGCUCUGACAGUGACAGAAGGGGGACACAUGCCCCAGCCCCCACCCACGGGGGACAGUCAGUGCUAACGCCCCCCCAGAGCCCACCAUGGAGCAGCUGACGCCAAGCUCCUUGGGCUGAUGAGACAGAAAAUCAGGACAACAAUGAGCGGCCACUGCCAGCCUCCCUGGGGUGGUCAGAGGAGGUCCCAGGUGCAGGUCUGACCAGAGCUGCCUCUUGAGAGAGGACAGGCCAGCUGCCCAGUGGCAUGAGCCUGCGACCCCGAAGCUGUGAGUUGGGUGGGGUGUCAGCUUCCGAGGGCCCUCGGAGCAGCCCAAGUUUCCCUCCAGCCCUGGUCGCCCCAGAACUGGUCACCCCUCCUCCCUGAGUUCUGCUCACGGCACUUCCCUCCAGGAAGCUUACCCCACUUCACAGCCCGUACCGGCUGACGACCCCGCCGAGUCUCGCCCUGGGGUGAGGAAGCAGGUUGCCCCAGUGAGCCCAUUUGGAUAUAUCCCACGGCAUAGAAGGGUGACCGGGGGCGGCUGCGGCUGCAGCUGGAGGCCAGCCUGGGGCAGCUUGCACAGCUCCAGUGUGCAUGCGGCAGCCAGGGCUCAGUCCCCCGCAGCCUCCGUGGAUGUGGUCCGGGAGCAGAUGCUACCGUUGGGCCACGACCAGCCUGCUUGGAUGCCCUGCUUUCUUGCUGAUGAGAGGUCGACUCCCUGGGCAGGCAGGCCUGGCCUGGCUCCAGCUUGCUCUGCCACUAAACCCCUCCCUGGGGAGGGCAGCCAAGGGCAGGUCUCAGCUUCCCGCCCUGGUCCACACUGGCCGGCUGGGCCCCUCCCAGCCCUGGCCAGCUCCUGUUCCACCAGCAGCCUCCAGACGUCUCCCGACACCAGAUCCCAGGUCUUUCCUUACCUCUGCAGGGUGGCCUCUCUGAAUCCUGCCCCCUCCUACCCCACCCCCUUUAGGGAAGUAGUGAGACCACGGAAGCCCCUGCGGUCAGCCGCCCACUCGUAGUCUUAACCCCAACCUCGGCUCCUGCAGCCAUUCCGCAUGGGCCAUAAACCCAGCUGUACUUCUAGUUGAGAGCUUGUUUUUAAGAGUUUAAUUAGAAUGAUCUGUGGUAAGGUACUUGGGGCUACAGCCUCAGACGCUGGUUACAUCUGUGCAGUAAACGGUGUUAUUCACUCCUUCAAGAUG